GCGCAGUGCCGCGCCCGCCCGGGCCGCAGCGGGAGCCGCCGGGGCGCUGGCCGGGGAAGCGAAAGGGAAGGCGGGCAGCCGAGGAGAGACGGAGCUGAGGAGGGGCUGCUGUGCCACCUGCCUGCCGCCCACCAUGGUGAAGCUGGACAUCCACACGCUGGCCCAUCACCUGAAGCAGGAGCGGCUGUACGUGACCUCGGAGAAGCAGCUGAUCCAGCGGCUCAACGCUGACGUGCUGAAGACAGCGGAGCGGCUGUACCGCACGGCCUGGAUCUCCAAACAGCAGCGCAUCAACCUCGACAGGCUCAUCAUCACCAGUGCUGAAGCUUCUCCUGCUGAAUGUUGCCAGCACGCAAAAAUCUUGGAGGACACGCAGUUUGUGGAUGGAUACAAGCAGCUGGGAUUUCAGGAGACUGCUUACGGAGAAUUCCUGAACAGACUGAGAGAGAACCCCAGGCUUAUCGCAUCCUGCCUGGUUGCCGGAGAGAAGCUCAACCAGGACAACACCCAGAGCGUCAUUCACACAGUCUUCACCUCCAUUUAUGGCAACUGCAUCAUGCAGGAGGAUGAGAGUUACCUCCUGCAGGUGCUCCGGUACCUGAUUGAGUUUGAGCUGAAAGAGAGCGACAACCCCAGGCGGCUGCUGAGACGAGGCACCUGUGCCUUCAGCAUCUUGUUCAAGCUUUUCUCUGAAGGACUCUUCUCUGCAAAACUUUUUCUUACUGCAACCUUACAUGAGCCAAUCAUGCAACUUCUGGUUGAAGAUGAAGACCACCUGGAAACUGAUGCAAACAAGUUAAUUGAGAGAUUCUCCCCAGCACAGCAGGAAAAGUUAUUUGGAGAGAAAGGCACAGAGAAGUUCAAGCAGAGAGUCCAAGAGAUGGUUGACUCCAACGAGGCCAAGCUGGUGACCUUGGUCAACAAAUUCAUUGGCUAUCUCAAACAAAACACGUACUGUUUUCCUCACAGCCUGAGGUGGAUUGUGUCGCAGAUGUACAAAACACUGUCGUGUGUGGACAGGCUGGAGGUUGGGGAGGUCAGAGCCAUGUGCACAGAUCUCCUUCUGGCCUGUUUCAUCUGCCCUGCCAUUGUCAACCCAGAGCAGUAUGGCAUCAUUUCUGAUGCUCCUAUAAAUGAGGUGGCAAGAUUUAAUCUGAUGCAGGUUGGGAGACUUCUGCAGCAGCUGGCAAUGACAGGCUCUGAGGAGGGAGAUCCACGUACGAAGAGCAACCUUGCUAAAUUUGACAAAAGCUGUGUUGCUGCUUUCCUGGACGUGGUGAUCGACGGGCGCGCGGUCGAGACUCCGCCGAUGUCGGCUGUGAACCUGCUGGAGGGGCUGAGCCGCACUGUGGUGUACAUGACCUACAGCCAGCUCACUGCCCUGGUUGGCUUCAUGCGGAACGUGAUGUCAAGCGAUCAACUUAAGGAAGAUCGGAUGGCUUUGGAGAACUUGCUGGCAAAUCUACCCCAGAACAAACAAGGGAAAAGCAGCAGCCUUGAAAUGACUCCAUAUAACACCCCCCAGCUUUCUCCUGCAACUACUCCAGCUAACAAAAAAAAUCGACUGCCCAUAGGACAGCAACUGGCAGCGAUUACUGCCUGGGAUACCUCUGCUACCAAUCUGUCAGCUCACAUAACUCUAGUAACCCCUUUUGCCACUCGAAGCAGAAGUAGAUCAAACAUGGUAAUGGACCAGCACGGAGAUCAUGAAGGCUCCUCCCAGGAGACUAUUCCAGAAGUUCAGCCAGAAGAAGUGCUGGUGAUUUCUUUGGGGACAGGGCCACAGAUUACUCCAGGAAUGAUGUCAGAAAACGAGGUGUUAAAUAUGCAGCUUGCAGAUGGCGGGCAAGGAGAUGUCCCCAUUGACGAGAACAAACUCCAUGGUAAACCUGAUAAAACCUUGCGCUUUUCCCUCUGCAGUGAUAAUCUGGAAGGAAUAUCUGAAGGUCCUUCCAAUCGGUCCAACUCUGUGUCCUCUCUGGAUCUGGAGGGGGAGUCUGUGUCGGAGCUGGGCGCGGGCCCCUCCGGCAGCAACGGCGUUGAGGCUCUGCAGCUGCUGGAGCACGAGCAAGCCACAACUCAGGAUAACCUGGAUGACAAGCUCCGUAAGUUUGAAAUCCGUGACAUGAUGGGUUUGACUGAUGACAGAGAUAUUUCAGAAACUGUGAGUGAAACCUGGAGCACAGAUGUCUUGGGAAGUGACUUUGACCCCAACAUCGACGAGGACCGGCUGCAGGAAAUCGCAGGUGCAGCUGCAGAGAACAUGCUAGGCAGCUUGCUGUGUUUGCCAGGUUCAGGAUCCGUGUUGCUUGAUCCCUGCACAGGUUCAACCAUAUCAGAAACCACAAGUGAGGCGUGGAGUGUGGAAGUAUUACCAAGUGAUUCAGAGGCUCCAGAUUUAAAACAGGAGGAAAGACUUCAAGAACUGGAGAGCUGCUCUGGGCUGGGAAGCACAUCUGAUGACACAGAUGUGAGGGAGGUCAGCUCCCGGCCCAGCACCCCCGGCCUGAGCGUGGUGUCAGGUAUUAGUGCAACAUCUGAAGACAUUCCUAACAAGAUUGAGGAUCUCAGGUCUGAAUGUAGCUCUGAUUUCGGGGGAAAAGAUUCUGUAACAAGUCCUGACAUGGAUGAAACAGCUCAUGGAGCCAGUCAGUUGACAUCUCCUCCUUCUCAGACAGAUUCUUUGCUUGCAUUGUUUGACCCUCUGUCUUCAAAUGAGGGUGUGUCAGCUGUAGUAAGGCCUAAAGUGCACUAUGCAAGACCCUCUCACCCACCCCCAGACCCCCCCAUCCUGGAAGGAGCCGUGGGAGGCAGCGAGGCCCGGUUGCCAAACUUUGGGUGUCACGCUUUGAUUCCAACGGACCUGGAAGCGUUCAAGCAGAGACAUUCGUACCCGGAGAGGCUGGUCCGCAGCAGGAGCUCAGACAUAGUGUCCUCAGCCCGGAGGCCUAUGAGUGAUCCUGGGUGGAACAGACGUGCUGGGAACGAGGAGAGGGAGCUGCCCAUGGCCUCCAGCAGCACUGGGGCAGCGGUGCUGGUGGCCACCUCUCAGUCAUCUUCUUCAUCUCCCAGCAAGGACUCCUCCAGGGGAGAGAUUGAGGAACGGAAAGACAGUGAUGAUGAGAAGUCUGACAGGAACAAGCCCUGGUGGAGGAAACGUUUUGUGUCUGCCAUGCCCAAAGCUCCUAUUCCAUUUAGGAAGAAAGAAAAACAAGAAAAAGACAAAGAUGACACAGUUCCUGACAGAUACGCAAUGCUUCAAGAUGAUCCCAGCCCAAGGCUCAGUGCACAGGCACAAGCUGCUGAGGACAUUCUGGACAAAUACAGGAAUGCAAUCAAGAGAACAAGUCCCAGCGAAGGAGCCAUAGUGAACUAUGACAGUGCAGAGGCCAUUGGGGAUGGUGAGAGCAUGCACGACUCCCCACGGGAUGAGGCUUUGCAGAACAUGUCUGCAGAUGACCUCCCAGACUCUGCAAGUCAAGUAGCACAGCCACAAGGUUCUGCUUUCUCCUACAGGGAUGCAAAGAAGAAACUGAGAUUGGCUCUCUGUUCAGCAGAUUCUGUUGCCCUCCCAAUGCUGACACAUUCAACAAGGAAUGGUCUUCCAGACCACACAGACCCUGAAGAUAAUGAAAUUGUGUGCUUCUUGAAAGUUCAGCUGGCUGAAGCCAUCAACCUGCAGGACAAGAACCUGAUGGCACAGCUGCAGGAGACGAUGCGCUGCGUGAGCCGCUUCGACAACCGCACCUGCCGCAAGCUGCUGGCCUCCAUUGCAGAGGACUACAGGAAAAGAGCUCCAUAUAUCGCUUAUUUAACUCGCUGUCGCCAAGGCCUGCAGACAACACAGGCGCACCUGGAGAGGCUCUUACAGAGAGUUCUGCGAGAUAAAGAAGUGGCCAACAGAUACUUCACUACAGUCUGUGUGAGGUUACUGCUGGAGAGCAAGGAAAAGAAAAUAAGGGAGUUCAUUCAAGAUUUCCAGAAACUCACAGCAGCAGAUGAUAAAACAGCCCAAGUAGAGGAUUUUCUCCAGUUCCUGUAUGGGGCUAUGGCUCAGGAUGCCAUAUGGCAGAAUGCCAGUGAGGAGCAGCUCCAGGAUGCACAAUUAGCCAUAGAGCGCAGUGUGAUGAAUCGCAUUUUCAAACUCGCCUUCUACCCUAAUCAGGAUGGAGAUAUUUUGCGUGACCAGGUCCUUCACGAGCACAUACAGAGGUUAUCCAAAGUAGUAACUGCAAACCACAAGGCACUUCAGAUACCUGAGGUGUAUCUCCGGGAGGCACCGUGGCCAUCGGCACAGUCCGAAAUCCGCACAAUAAGCGCUUACAAAACGCCCCGGGACAAGGUGCAGUGUAUCCUGAGGAUGUGCUCCACCAUCAUGAACCUGCUCAGUCUGGCCAACGAGGACUCUGUUCCUGGGGCAGAUGAUUUUGUUCCUGUUCUGGUCUUUGUCCUCAUAAAGGCAAACCCCCCUUGCCUGCUGUCCACUGUGCAGUACAUCAGCAGUUUCUAUGCCAACUGCUUGUCGGGAGAGGAGUCGUACUGGUGGAUGCAGUUCACGGCAGCCGUGGAGUUCAUCAAAACCAUCGAUGAUCGCAAGUAGCUCGCACAGCACAGGCAGCCUGUGGACAGCAGAGGAGUUUCUAAGAAUGUACAACAGCUGUAAAAGCUGAAGAAAAGACUUUCCUUGUAAAAUACUGUACAGAAUCGAGGCAUUUUAAAACACAUCUUUACUAAUCUAAUUAA